GGUUUAAUCCAAACCCGGCAGCUGUUCGUACGUGAAGGUUCAAUUUUCAUCCCUCUUGAAGCAAUGUCUGAACAACAAAAAUACAAAUACGAAAACGACUACAAACCUAAUGAAAACAGGAACAAAGGAGCUUCAAGGUGGUCGCAGUGUAGGAAACGCGGAGCAGAUGGUAGUCUGAGGAAAUCUCAUGCUGAUGAAGAGCCUGGAAAAGAUCAAAGAUGCUCAAAGAGAUCAGAAAGUUUUACAACCCCAGAGAGCGAAGGACCAGUGUCCAGAAUAAAAAACUGGGGUGAUGAGGUGGAGGAACAGGAAAUGCGCUCAAAUGUCCGACGUGAUAUUCAUCGGUCAGGUUACAGAAGAAGGAUUCUUGCGAGUGAUUUCCCUCAAAGAGACAGAAAAAUCUCCUCUGGAAGUUCAGACUCCAGAGACUCUAGAGAUUCGAAAGAGUCGCCUGCCAAAGGUGACAUCGAGACAGACGAGACCACCCUCAUCAGAAGACAGAAGCAGAUCAAUUACGGGAAAAAUACUCUUGCGUAUGACAGAUACAUUAAAGAAGUUCCAAAGCAUUUGAGACAGUCAGGUGUUCAUCCAAAGACUCCAAACAAGUUCAAAAAGUACAGCCGACGCUCCUGGGACCAGCAGAUUAAAUUGUGGCGUGUCAAACUUCAUGCGUGGGACCCUCCUGCAGAAGAAGGAAGCGACCUGCAGCAAAUAGAGGAGAUCGACCUUGGUGAAAUUAUGGAUUUUGAGUUGGAUGUGGAAACAACAGAGAAUACUGAAUCCCAAAGUUCAUCAAGCAAUGGAGCAGCACAGUCUUUACAAGAGGACGCGUUCAUGGAAACCCCGAAAAAGAUGAUGAAAAUUGAGGAUUCCGAUAUGUCUUGAGCAGCUACACUGGGUGUCUAUGAGAGUAUUACUGAGCAGCUGAACUGUUUUAAUGCACUGUUUGUUUUGAGCAUCAUUGUUUCCAACAGGUUCUGAUGUUUUUGUGAUGCCACAGGUUUUGACAGCUUCUUAAAGAGAAGGUUUUGUCAUCAUCACUGACUUCACCGUUCUCCACUUUUUCUUUUUCGGGACUCUGGAAGAAAAUGUAAAUGUGUAAAUUUUUGGAAUUGUUUUAUUUUUAUUGUGGAAAUCUGUUUAGUGCUCGGUAAACAUUCUCUUGUAUUUAUCAAUUUGUUGAAUCUCAGAUUACAGCAAAUAUCCUGUUUUGUAGUUUGUGAUUUUAAAUGUUCUUUUAGUUCAUUUCUUUCUUUUUUUUUAUGAAGA